CCGGAAGCACUCUGAUAUCCCCUCUCCGGAAGCACUUGCGCCCCAUAAAGGGGGCUGUAGUGAAAGAGAAAGUGCUCAGCUCGGCCGGAAGCGCAUGGUCAGCGCGCAAGCCAACCUGAGCCUUCGGUAAAUCUGGGAUUUUUGCCACUUAGCCAAGGUGCUCUGGCCUCACAGACGCAGGGAAAGGACUCUGACAAGCGUGGACACUGAGGACGGUGGCACAGAAGUGAAAGUAAGGGGAAGGGGCCGGAAGGCGCCCGGGCGGCCCAGGCCCGCCGCAGCACCGAGGUAGGCUCCCCUGGUGAACGAAAGCAGAUACCCCUGGAAGCCCACCUUUCCUCUCUCCCUCCUCCGGCCGGCCAGCUCUUAACUCUACAUCAAGCGCAGAAAGCCCCCCGAGGAGCACCUCGUGGCCAGCGUGUGGAGGUUUUGCCCGAGACUCAUUCCGCCAGAGCAGCCCCCCACCAGCACCCCUCAGGCCCAGUGUGGGUGGACCAGCCUCCAAAGACUCCCUGAUUCGGAGCGCUUGGGUGCUUCUUUGGUCCGUGGGAUCCCCUUUGGGCCUUCCUCUCCACCUGUGCAAGUUCCUUUCUGGAAAAAAUGGCUUCCCCGAAGGAUGCCAGCAAUUGUAAGGCUGACUCCAGACAAAGUUCCCGUAACUCCAUGAAUGCUGCAUUUGCGGCCGAAAGUGAGACUGAGGAACCGAAAAUGGUCCAGAGGCAGAGGGACAGCCAGCCAGAAGGCGGUUCUUCAGUGACCCACAGGAAGGCCCCCCAGGGCACCCUCAGAAAACCGACAUCAAGAUCAAGGGGACUGGGAAGAGGAAGGGGGGCUGCUGCUUGUACAAAACCCAGCACGAGAGAGAAUCCCACCCCUGGGGAAAGACCAGCCAGGGCGGUCCGCACCUCUCCUCCUCAGAGAAAGGUAGAGUCAGCCCCAGGGGUCAGUGGUGAGAAGCACCAGAGAAUGAGGAAGACCAGCAGCCUCGAUGACAGGAGAGUGAAUACAAAGUUUCAGGAGAAACCCAGUCAGAGGCCAUUUAAUGACCGAAGGGCAGUCGUUUUUGAAAAACACUCUCCAUGCGAAAAGUGUCCAGACAGGCCUCACUCUAGUUCAGAAAGCCAAACGCCAAGAGAAAGAAGCGCGACUGAGUGGCCCUCUUCAGGAACUGACUGGCUCGCCCAGGAUGAGAUUUUCACCUUCGGAGUGCCCCAGGAGGAGCCAGGCUCACAGAAUCUCGCAAGAGUUUCAGAGCUUUCCUCCUUCACCACUGACCAUGCCGUGUACCAGCCUCAGGUGUACAGCUGGCCUUCUGGGGACUACGCUGACGGCGGCACCCUCAACCCCGAGCCUUCUCACCGGCCCCCCAUGGGCCCAGGCGGCAGUAACAGGUCCCAGGCUGGGAAGAGUGAUUAUUUCGCCAACUCUCCACAGUACUCUCCAAACCGGUUCAGAGACCGAAGAUCCUUCCCAGAGGAAGGUCCAGCCCAGAAUGUAUCGUGUUUUUCCAGAAGUUCGCAAGCAGAGGUGGAGGACACUCCUUUAUGCGGCUGGGGAAGAGGUGGAUCUUUUAGCUCCCUGCCAAGGGGCCACUCAGCGGGAGUUCUCCAGGAUGGUUUCAUUGACACCCAUUGUCACUUGGACAUGCUCUUUGCCAAGUUGUCUUUCCAGGGGACCUUUACUAUGUUCAGAAAAAUUUACGGCACUACCUUCCCUAGGGAAUUUCACGGCUGCAUCACUGAUUUCUGCGAUCCGCGCACACUACGUGAUGGCCUAUGGGAGGAGCUGUUGAGAGAGGAUCUGGUUUGGGGGGCCUUUGGUUGUCACCCCCAUUUUGCAAGUUACUACAAUGAGAGGCAAGAAAGAAAUAUCUUGCAAGCUUUACGUCACCCCAAGGCUGUGGCAUUUGGAGAAAUGGGCUUGGAUUACUCUCAUAAGUGCAGCACGCCUAUCCCACGGCAGCACAGGGUAUUUGAGAGACAGCUGCAACUGGCUGUCGCUCUAAAGAUGCCCUUGGUGAUCCAUUGCCGAGAAGCUGAUGAAGAUCUGCUGGGCAUCAUGAAAAAAUAUGUGCCUUUUGACUACAAGAUCCAUCGGCAUUGUUUCACUGGCAGUUACCCAGUCAUUGAGCCCCUGCUGAAGUACUUUCCCAACAUGACUGUGGGCUUUACAGCUGUCCUGACCUACUCUUCUGCCUGGGAGGCCCGGGAUGCUCUGAAGAAGAUCCCACUGGAGAGAAUCGUCGUGGAGACAGAUGCUCCGUACUUCCUCCCUCGAGAGGUUCCCAGAAGCCUUUGCCGGUAUGCCCACCCGGGCAUGGCCCUGCACACAAUUCGAGAGAUUGCCAGAGUCACAAAUCAGCCACUCUUUCACACUUUGAGCACUUUGCGUGAAAACACCAGGUGCCUCUACAAUCUUUAAGCAGAGAACACAUAGUCAGGAUCCUUCCAGAAAAAGAAGACCUGCUUUUGACAACAUAGACUUGGUUUGAACGCUUCCUGUGUCCCAAGUCAAGGAUAUCUUUUGAAAGCUCACUGGAACUGAAAAAGCCAGGACAGGAUGUUUUCUUCAAAACCUCUUCAUAAGAUUUCUGCUUCUGGUAGGGUGAGGUGCAGUGGGAUGGGAGGAGGGGUAAUGAGAACUGCUGGGCAUGUUUUUAGGGUUUUUCUUCCAGCCAAAGUGUAUAGGGAUACUGAAUGAAGAACAAAGAGUUCCACAGGGUACAAGUUUGCUAAUCCAAAUCCCUAUUCUCUGCUUGUGCUUUUGAGCAGUUGGUGAAUAAAGUCACCCUCCUACUUGUCUUUGUGGGGGGAAAAAAGCAAGCAGGGAAUAGUGAAUUUUAAAAAUGAGCUAGGAGGUUUGUUUAUUCCCCAAAUGUAUAUAAGAACUCUGUCAUCCAUAUUACUUGUUAAAUUCUUAAAUUCAAUGACUGUUGAACUUGUAUUUCUAAAGAUAGACCAACACUAGCAUUUCAUCUGAAAAGAAUCCAUUUACAUAAAUAUUAGUUAAUAGUCUUAAAGUGCCAAGGGGGGCUGUGGAGGAACUUAGAGCAAUGAGAGCCAAAUCAUUUGACUCUUCCAACACCAUUGAGGAGAUGAGUUUUGAAUCUGAACUGAGCUCCCAACACUUGUAUGAUUCCAAAGCUCUUAACAGCACCAGUAUAAAUUAGUAACUUGAUUCAAAUUGCUCUGGUUUUUAUCAAGGCCCAAAUGUAUACCACUUAAAACCUCUGUUCUCCAGAAGGGCUUCAAAAGCACUCACAGGACAGAAACAGAAGAGAUUCGGCUGCCCACUUGGCGAACAGCUAUCCUCUCUGAGAAAUUAAAAUGAACCCCAUUUUAGGGAAAAUACUUGAGAUGUAAAAUUCAACUUCGCCAGCCAAAGCACACCCAAAUCCAAGAGUCCUAUCAUGAGAUGAAAUGUACCAUCUUAAAAAUUGAAAAUCUGUUUAUUCUCAAAAAAUAAAUCAAUUUGUGCCCAUUUAUCUGUAUCCAGAAAUAUCAGCUGGCUCCUCACUAUUUGGUUCUCAGCUCAAAAGUCACCUCCAUGGAGAAGCCCUCCCAAUUUAUAGUGCUCACCUCACCUGGGAGGAAAAAAAAAUCCUUGGUUUACUGUUUUUACUUAAUCAUAGCACUUAGUACUGUUUGAGAUUGUGUUGUUAAUUUGUGUAUGUUCCCUGGUUGUCUUCCCCCACUAGGUUGUAAGUGUACAAGCUUGUCAGUCUGGCACUGUGCACCUGAUAUUAUUACAAGAGUGUCUGGAACAGAGCAGGCCCUCAGCAAGAUUUCUUGAACUUUUCGUAUAAACAAAUAACUGACUUUUUUGAGCUGGGGACAGCUACUAAGAAGGGACCUGAGAAGUGAAAUGUCCUAUUUCCUCUUUAAUUUUAAAUAUGAAACAAGGACUAAAGGCCUAUGUUCUGCUGUUACAUGCCAUCUACAACAAAACAAGGAAAGAAGGUCAAGCCCUAUCAGGAACUUGAUAGUUCAUAUUUCCUAUAUAUAACAGAGUUUAUCUUUUUGCUGGAAAUCCAGUCUUUUGAGAAGAAAAGAGUAUUCAGUGUAAGAAAGCUGUGGCUGAAGUGCUUCAGUUUCAUUUAGCAGAACAAAAGAAGGUUACAGGUUAAAGGUGCAAUUUAAUUAUAUUUUUGAAGACAGAAAUCCUUCAAAAACCAGUCCAGUGUUUUAAGAAGUUUUCUGUGUAAUGCACACUUUAAGCAGACAUUGCUCAAAGUGGGCCCUUCAGCCCACAGGAGGCCUGAGCUUAUGAGCUUGUGAUAAAGAAUAGCAGAAGAGAGAAGUCCUUGGACACACAUUUUGGGGAAAUACCAAGUUGUACAAAGUUCCAUGGGGUUUUUUUGUUUGUUUUGGGAUCUCAUACGUCCCUUGAUAGGCUCAUGUGAGCCUCAUAUAUCUAAGAAGAUGUUUCUCGAAGUUACUUCUAGAUUAAUUUGAUUAAUCUGAAGUACAAUUCAGUGAGCUUGAGAUCCUUAGGAACACAAGCUUGGAAAAGGCCACUUCAGUUGUAUCCUAGCUACUGCCAUGCCCUAUUCAUUUCUUACCACAUGAGAUCUGUGAGAACAAAGUGUCGUUUAUCUGGUCCUAGCAAAGUGACACUACCAAGUAGGCAUUUUAAAAAUGGGUGUGAAUUAAAGUACACAUUCAUCAAGAUGAACAGGAUAUACAUACACAUGUUUUAGUUUAAGUGAUUUUCCUUUUCAAAAAAAGACUACCUUUUUAUAUAGAGAAAAUACUUUUCUGAUCUGCUCUUCUCCCUCUACAUUUUUUUAAUGGCAUAAACUGUAUUCUGCAGUGUUUUCUAACAUGCAGGAGAGAUCCUUGCCAUAAUUCAGCUUUCUUCUGGAAUGGGAAUGAGAAAAAUCUUUUCUGAGUAGUAUAUUCAGAGUAGCCUCAAUCAAAAACCACAAUCUUCAUUUACUUACUUAUUUCAUGAACAAAGUAUAAAAAAGUUCUUCUAUCCAUGUUAUUAGUAAAAAAAAAUUUUAAAUGUCAUGAUCUAAAUGUGCAAAAGUUGGGGUACUUUUUAAAUCGUUUCACUAAAGUGAUUCAGUACUCCAUUGAACCUCAAGAAUGAUUACUUAGCCUUUAUAUGUUUAUAUAGCACUUGGAGUGUCGACUCUGCCACUGCGGAGGCAUCAGAGAGCCACGAAGACAGCCGCAAUCUAGAAAUUCAAUGUGCCAUUAGUGACCCCUGGGCCAUUAGUCAGCCCAAAGUCACAGGGCCAUUAACAGGUUCCCUGAACCUUGGCAGUCCUUUUUACUGCACAUCACUAUUUCGCUUCACUUAGAUUUUAGAAAGGCAGCUAUUUCUACCUUUAAAGCUCAAAAGGAAUAAACUGCCUACUUUGUCUUGGGAGAUGGGAGGAAUCUGUUUUUUCAGUUGGACUUUUUCCACAUCUCACUUUAAAUUGAGUUCCUGUUUAUUGUUAGUUUUUUUGAGACUACUAAAGAGUGCAAAGUGGGGGGAAAAAAAAAGAGUCCAUGAUCCUACCACUUAGAGACAAUCAUAUAAACAACUGAGUAGCUCUUGGGCAGUUUUCUCUAAUAUUUCCAUAGGUAUUGGUUAAUUCUAGCAUUAUACUCCUUGAGUCAAUUUACUAAUCAACAUUUCCCCCAUAAUUAGCAUAAGCUGAGCAUAUUCUUCCUUUGACUUUGUGAUUUAAACAUAUUUUGUGUAUUUUUGUUUUCAUUCCUGAGUAAACUGAAAGUUUAAUUCCAUUGUUUCUUUUAAAGAAGCAACUCUUAGGUUUAUUGUUCAAAUCUAUUGCUCACUGAUGUUUUAAAUGCUGCUUUUUAAAGUUUAUUAAUGUUUCCUUCAGUUCUCAGAUAUGUUUUAUUGUGCUUUUUGUAAUGUAUUAAAUUAAAAGCUUAGUUUGCUUUUAAUUGAGGAGGGAAAGAACAAAAUAUUCUAUAACAUAAAUUUGCUAUAAUUACAA